GACUGAUUCUGGCUCGCUGUUGACGAACGGCUCACAGGACUAGUGAGUGAGCUGUUCAUUCUUCGAGCUGUACCAAAGGAAACAGUCCAAGAGCAAAACCGCGGGCUGGGUACCUAUCUGGCUCUAGGGAAGCAAAGUUUUUCUGCCUUAUUACUAGGUAAGUACCUUAUCAAACAACUCCGGCAAGAGUGACUGGCUCUACCCCGCGUGUAUGCGUUUCAACCUUGCACUUCAGUCGAUAGUAGACGUAUCACGCACAACCCGCCUACCGUGACAUCCGCAUCAUGGCUCAGACCGGGACAAUAUUCUUUGGCCCCGUGAUCCAUUCGCUUUCGGCCUCGGAGCUCGAGAUUGUUCCCUUCGCCCUCGUCGCGGUCGACGCUGAAGGUAAAAUCGCCGCCUUCCUGGACCCGACGAACUUCACGCAACAAGUGCAGGAAACGCUCGAGGAACUCAACUUCCCGCCCGAGACCACCACCAUCCACCGCUUGAGUCCCGGCCAGUUCCUCCUCCCGGGCUUCGUCGACACGCACAACCACGCGCCGCAGUGGGCGCAGCGCGGGCUCGGGCAGGGGAUGCACAUCCUCGACUGGCUCGACGCCAUCACCUUCCCCAACGAGGCGCGCUUCGGCGACGCCGACUACGCCCGCCGCGUUUACGCCAGCUGCGUCGACGGCUUCCUGCGCCAGGGCGUCACCGCCGCCGCGUACUACGGCUCCGUCCACGGCGAGGCCACCAAGAUCCUGGCCGAGCUGUGCGUCGAGAAGGGCCAACGCGCCCUGGUGGGCAAGUGCAACAUGACGCGCAACGCGCCCGACUACUACCGCGACGCCUCGGUCGACGAGAGCCUGCGCGUGACGGAGGAGUGCAUCUCGCACAUCCGGUCGCUGGACCAGGACCUGGUCCGACCCGUGCUCACCCCGCGCUUCGCCAUCUCAUGCGACGCCGACCUCCUCCGGGGGCUGGGCGACAUCGCACACAAGAACCCGGACCUGGCCAUCCAAACGCACUUCAACGAGGCCGAGCAGGAGAUGGCGGCGACGCGGGCGCUGUUCCCGCAGUUCGGCGGCAGCGAGGCCGACCUGUACGCGGCCUACGGCCUGCUGGGCCCGCGCUCCAUCCUGGCGCACUGCUGCCACAUGAGCGAGCACGAGCUGGAGCGCGUCGCGGCGCUCCAGUGCGGCGUCGCCCACUGCCCAACCUCCAACAUGACCGUGGGCGGCGGGUUUAUGGCCGCGCCCGUGCGCGAGUUCCUGCGCAGGGGGAUGAAAGUCGGCUUGGGCACCGAUAGCGGCGGCGGCUUCUCCAGCAGCAUGCUCGAUGCCAUGCGCCACGCCAUGAUUGCCAGCCAUGCGCGCGAGGCCGCGGCGCCGGCAGACAAGGGCUUGGCGAUCGAGGAGGUCUUCUACCUGGCCACGCUCGGCGGCGCCCGGGUUUGCGGGCUCGAGGACAAGGUGGGUAAUUUUGUCGUCGGCAAGGAGUUCGAUGCCCUCGUCGUGGGCACGCGUGGCCGCGAGCAGGGUAUCAUGACCAUGGUCGAGGAAGAGGAGGAUAGUCUGAGGACUGUCUUUGACAAGUUCGUCAUGACGGGGGAUGAUAGGAAUAUCCUCCGCGUCUAUGUGCAGGGUAGGUUGGUGAAGGGCGAGGCGUAAGACGGGCAUACUCGCCGAGUCGUGAUUUACUUGCUAAUGGUCGUCGCACUUGGGGAGGCAUCCUCAAUCCAUGUUGGGCUCCUAUGCUUCGCCCAAGUUAAUAAUCUGAGAUGCUAUCUGAAAACUGGCAGCAUUAGUAUCAUUAUAAAUAUCGUGCGAAUAUAACGUAACUCGAGCUGUUCAGACACUGGAUGGGAAGGAAACCAGACAGGGCAGAACAGACUCGAGAGCGAACUUCCGCUUGG